GACCAACACUAACACCAAGGGCAGGUGGGCAGGCCCCAGCCCUCCUCCCCCACCCCAGGGCCCACUGCAGCCUCAGCCCAGGAGCCACCGGAUCUCCCAACACCAUGGUCCGAUACCGCUUGAGGAGCCCGAGCGAACGCCCACACGAGGAGUACAGGCAGCUGGUGAACAGGCAGGAGCAAGGACGUAAUGCCCAAGAGGAGCAGGGGCUGAGCCCAGAAGGCGUCGGGGUCUAUGGGAGAACCCACCGAACCUGCUAUCGCCACAGGCGCAGGCGCUGCUCUCGCAGGAGGCUGUACCGGAUCCACAGAAGACGGCGUCGCUCCUGCAGAAGGCGCAGAAGGCGCUGCUGCCGAUACCGGAGGCGGCACCGCAGAGAGUCCCUAGGUGCCCCCCUCAACCAGAUCUUUCUUUCCCCAAAAGUCUGCAAAUCCAGGAGGAGGAGAAGAUGCAGAAGGUACUAAGCUUCCUGGGCCCCUCGCCCCCUGCUGGAAAGUAAAAGUCACCUGCCUGAGAAACACCAAGUGAGGCCAUAGCAACACCCCUACAUCAAAUGCUCAAGCCCUGAAUUGCUGCUGAGAAGCUCACAAGAUCUGAGUGAAAUGUGCCAAAGUCACCUGCCCAAUAAAGCUUGACAAGA